AUGGCACCUUUUUGUGCCAAGCUGUCCUCCUGCAUUUUUAAAUGGGACCAGGAGGAUGUGCAAGGCCUGAAGGAGGCCAAGAGAGGGGAGUGGAAGAGCAGCCACAGUGGACAUGAGCCCACGGAGGAGCAGCUCUUGGCAACCAUCACCUCAGGGGAACAGAGGAGACACUGCAGAUGGAGGUCGCGUGGCGUGGAGGACAUACGACGCAUGAUUUCAGGGCUGCUGGAGUCAGUGUGGGAGCUCACUGACACCACAGGGCUGCGUUUGGUGAACCAUGACACCAUGCACCAUGUGUGGGAGGUGCAGCAGAAGCACCUGGAGUGCCUCCAAGACCCUCCUGGUCUAAAGCUCUACACCAAGGUGGGGACACUCCAUAAGGGCGGCAAAGAGCUGGACGUCCUUAGGUGUGCCAGGGGGUCCUCCUCCCUGGAGAGUUUUCACCGACACCAGUGCGCUUUUAUCCCAGGCUGGCAGUGCAAUGCAUCUCAUAUGCAGAUGUACAUGCUGGAGGGGCUAUCCAGGUGGAACAUGGCUCGGGCCAAGGAGGCAGUAGCUGUGGAGGGGGCCUCGGCUCUGCGGAGCUUUGACGUCCGCCUGAUGUCCCACCUUAACAGCCUGAGCCAGCGUGUCCUUGGUUGUGCUCUAGUGCCAGAGUUUACCCCACCUGGGAAACCCACUGACGAGUGCACGGCGGUGGAGUAUUUAUUGGGCCAGACCAACAGAGGGGACCUGCUUGCUCCUGCACCUGCCCCUGAAAACCCCUCACAGGUGCUUGAGGAGGAGGAGGAGGAGGCAUAUGCCCCCAUACACAUGCCAGAGCUGUUGGCUGGUGAUGCGAGGGACCAGUUGUUGGAGGGGGACACUGAACCCACUGAACCUGUCACACCCAAGACCAGCCAAUGUGACUCCAGAGGUGUUGUGGGAUGGGAGAGUGGCCUGAACCGCACCACCACUGCUUUGUCAGCCAAGGAGGAGGCAGACAUAGUCCGCCUGUACACAGCUCUCCAUGACAUGUACAAGCAGUGA